UAUUUCCGUCACACCUGUCGGCCAUGAAAACUCAAAUCAAACAUCAUCUGGUGCCCGUAGAUGAAUGGCAUGAAAGCCAAUCACCCAUAAGCAAACAACUUUCGACGGAGGGCCCAUACCAAACCUACCUCCCGGCCGCCGGAUCGAUUAGCCGUCUAAAUCGGGGUAAUUUACAGCAAACAGCGCGACCGGAAUCAAUCAUCGCGUGGUCGGCCAUAAAAUCAAACGCUUCCGAAUCCGUUCCGCGGCCGGCUUAUAGGUAUCCUACUCCGUUUGAUUGGUUUAUGGCCAGCUUUAUUUGACUAAGGUGUAGGUAUCGCUCGCUUCGCGCUGACUGAUACCUGACUGCUGGCGAUAGGAACAUUCCCAUUAAAAUGCAAUUAUAAUCUAAUCGGAUGAGCGACGCCCGGCAACCGAUUAAUGGCUCAGCAGAAGCCAGAAGGUAUUUGAGGAUGAAUGAAAUUUUCCGCGGCGAUUGUCGGUGUCAGUCAGCAGAUAGCUUCGCCUGCCCACGUGCUCGCCGAGUUCACAAUACGCUACCGGCUUCGAAAAACGGCCGAUUUUUGGUGUAAACAAUGCGGUGCGAAAGGAAUGGUCUCACCCGAAGAGCGGUACAACCGGAGGUUCCGUUCGACGCAUGCGCUUCCGGUGGCCCUGCUGACAGCAGCAGCCGAACUUCGACCGUUGGUCGCCUGUUGGAAUGUGGAUAUGCUGUCGGUUCGGUUGGCGCCGUUUCUGAUGCAGAUCCCGGAGCGCGGGAUUUUGCCAAACAGCCGUCCGCAACGCUCUACCGGAAUGCGGAUUCGGAAGACGGUUUCAGUUUAUGUUUGAACGUUGACCGGUUCUGUCGCGAAUCGUUAGAAAGCCGCCGUGGAUUGCCCCGGAAGUAUCCCCGUUCGGAAAGGGUAGACAGACACUUCAAUCAGUCAGUGUAGUGCAGUGGUGGUGGGCGUUCUCCAGAAAUAGCCCUUUCCUGUCGGGCGCCGUGCCGUUCGUCAAGUGCGUGAUCUUCGGGGUCAGUGUCAAUCACAAGGAUUCAUAGCCAUAGGCAAAGGCAUACAGGAAUGCAAAUUUCUCACGGUCAGUUGCGAAUCGACUCGUGGUGAGAGACCGUCCGUCCAUUCGUUUAUCCUGGCGCAAGUUACAACAGGUUCUGAUGGCCUUCCAAAGGAUGACGACGAUAGAAAUUUAGAGUUUUAUCACAAAGGGAAAUCUUGCCAUUUGUCACGACACGGACGGCUACCGUUGCUUGUCAUCGUCAUUGUGGCCCCAGCGCAGUUGCCGCUAGGAAUAUAAAUAGCCGGUCCGGUGUCCCCGGAUUGUGACUUGUGAGAGGAUAGUGACGUGUUGAUGUGACUUUCUCGUGGGGUGAAAUGGAUCCAACGGAACAUGCAAACACGUUGGAUUAAGAAGAAAGGCUAAUUAGUUUUGACGUGACCAACUGGUGCGCUAUUCAGUCCAGUCCAGUCGGUGGACGGACCGGACAUCCAUCGGUGGGAUCAGGAAUCACACUGUACGGAAUAUUGGGUUUAGGUGUUGGUUGUGACAAGACCGGAAGGAAAUUGUUCAGACGUGGGUGGUGUUUUGGAAAUUUGUACCGUUUUGUAGACGCAAAUGAAGGCGAAACAAGUGUGGAAAGAGUGUUUGUGAAGUGAGGCAUUUUGUCGAAAAUACUGUUUAACAAAAAUAUUGAAUAAAAAGGUGCAAACGUUAAGACAUCUUUAAAAGUAAGAGAAAAUCAGCAACUUUACGAAGAUUUCAACGGAUGUGAUAACAAUCUACGUGAAGCUUGAAGGCAAAUAUUUACUUCAGGUCCCGAGCUAGCAGAGCAGGUUCAGAUGCAUUCCGCCCGGUGGUGAAAGGAUAUUCGUUUUUUACCCGUCUUCUGUACACUACUGUGUGCGCACUGGUAAACAGAAGCCAGCCAGCAGGAUAUGUGCCAACAACUACUUGGUUCGCAUUUUCCCGUAGCCACCUCUACAAUAUUGGCGGCGCUGUGGUAAUGGUGAGAGGUGAAACUGCACAACAAUAGACGCCCACCCGCGCGCGGUGCACUCUGUGAAGUUCACUCUUUGUGAGUACCACAUCAUCGGAUGACCGACCACGCUUUGUUCGUGCAGAUGAGAACGUGUGAUCGAGUGGAAUAAUGAAUAAAACAGCGUUAUAAGUUCGAAGGUGUCCGUUUACACAUUUCAGUCGGUGGUGAAAUGAAAAAGCGUUUAAUGAAAAAUAUGCAAAAAUAAGUGAUAAAGGUGUAAGGUAACAUUGUGACAAAAAGUCGACCAAGUGGGGCAUCACAGUGAAGAGUAGCAGUGCUGCAGUCGAUAAAUUAUUUGACACAACUCAAACACAAGUGUGCUCGUGCGAGUAAUUUGGGUUGAUUCAAUAAUAGGUGCAUUUCCACCCCAUUAGCAGCAGUGAUGUGCAGCCACCAUUAGUAAUCAGCUCGAUGGCAACCGAUAUCUAACGUAUCUCCUCUUGUCGGUUGUGAAACAAACGUGUAGCACGACAAGCUAUUUCCUGGAAAUCAAAGAUUUCAUCCCAACGACAACGACAAGGACCUCCUGCCCCCAUCACCACCAUGAGUGCCCUGCACUACACGGUCCAGUAUUCGGACUAUUUCAACAAAUCCUGGCGGAACGAGUCUAUGGCUGGGGCGAAUGGAAGUUCUUCGCCACCGUCGUCGUUUGCCCCCGGCUACUUGUUCAACGAGACGUACGAAAUCUACGCGCCCAGCUAUCCGUACGUUUCCUCGACGGAGGAGCAAACCUACAUCGACCAGCUCACCGAGUGGAUGAAGAAUGGCUCGAACCACACCUACUACGGCGAGUGCUCCAACACCGGCUAUCUGCCGAGUUUGUACUUUGAAAUUACCAGCUACUUCCUGUACGUGUUGAUUUUCGUGACGGCCGUAAUCGGCAACUCGAUAGUGCUGUUCAUCGUGCAGUCCAACCCACGGAUGCGAACCGUCACUAACUACUUCAUCACCAAUCUGGCCGUCGGGGACCUGAUGAUGACGCUGUUCUGUGUGCCGUUUACGUUCAUAUCGAUGUUCGUGCUGCAGUACUGGCCCUUUGGGCUGGGGAUGUGCCGGCUGGUGAACUACACCCAGGCUGUGUCGGUGCUGGUCAGUGCGUAUACGCUGGUGGCGAUCAGCGGUGAUCGGUACAUAGCGAUUAUGUGGCCCCUGAAGCCCAGGAUUACGAAGACAUGUUCUAAGGUGCUGAUAGGAGUCGUGUGGGUCAUAGCACUCAUUACGGCAGCUCCCAUAGCUAUCUUCUCAACAUUGGACAUGCCGUCGAAGUGGCAUGCGGUGUGUGAUCUCCCAAUCUGCAAGGAAAUUUGGCCCUCGAAGGAACAGGAGAGCUACUACACGACGACGCUGCUGAUGACGCAGUUCGUGAUACCGCUGCUGGUGCUGAUCUACACGUACACCCGCAUCGCGAUAGUGGUCUGGGGCAAGCGGCCCCCCGGCGAGGCGGAAAACUCCCGGGACCAGCGGAUGGCCAAGUCGAAACGAAAGGUAGGUGUCUGUCGGUUCUGGUGAACUUCAACUUUGCGCGCCUCUAUGCAUGGAUUGAGGGGGGGGGGGGGGUACUCCGGGGUAGGAAAACUUACACCGUUACGCUAUUUUGGAUUUUGAUUGCUAGUGCCUUUGAAAACUGCUUCCGAUAUGCAGUAGCUUCAAGCUGCUGAACCCUUCUUUGGAGGGGUGGGAGACCAUAGUCUUUGAAUGUGUUCCUAAUUGGGACCAAAUUUCAUCGUCACUAAUGAUGAAAACGGUUUCGGCACGAAAGCGUCGAUGAUGGUUUUGCAGUUUUGCUACACAUGAGGAAGCCCAACGUUACACUAUGGGUCGUAAAUUGAAAUCUCACGACACAAGAAAAAGAAAAAAAAAAACAUUUUAAAUAAAUGUAUCAAAUGAUUAUUAUUUAUAACUUUUGG